CUUCUCAUCAAUUGAUACACAAAGCCUAUCCCAACCACAAGUAUAGCUAUAUUAUAUUUUCUACAAGAAUAAUACAUUAUUCCAAAAACAAAUGUUGUCUCUUUCGAAGCCUCUGCUUUGUUCUGUGCUCAUGGUAAUUAGUUGCCUGGUGGUGGGUUUAGCCUCAGCUGGGAACUUUUACCAAGACUUCGAUAUAACAUGGGGUGAUCACCGAGCCCAAAUACUCCAAGGAGGCAAGCUUCUUACUCUCUCACUUGACAAGGCUUCAGGCUCUGGUUUCCAGUCCAAGAACGAGUACUUGUUUGGCCGAAUCGAUAUGCAAAUCAAGCUUGUGCCUGGGAAUUCAGCUGGGACAGUCACUGCAUACUAUUUGUCUUCUCAAGGCCCAAACCAUGAUGAGAUUGACUUCGAGUUCUUGGGCAACUUGUCUGGAGACCCCUACACACUCCAUACCAAUGUGUUCAGCCAAGGAAAAGGGAACAGAGAACAACAGUUCCAUCUUUGGUUCGACCCAACAAAGGCUUUCCACACUUACUCCAUUGUUUGGAACAAACAACGUAUUAUCUUCAUGGUGGACAACAUUCCAAUAAGAGUGUUCAACAACUUGGAGUCAACAGCAGGAGUUGCAUUCCCCAAAAGCCAGCCAAUGAGGAUUUACUCAAGCUUGUGGAACGCAGACGAUUGGGCUACAAGAGGUGGCCUUGUCAAGACUGACUGGACCAAAGCUCCUUUCACUGCUUCCUACGCUAACUUUAAGGCCAAUGCCUGUGUUUGGGCAGCCGGAAAGUCCACCUGCGAUGCCAACAACUCCGGUGGCUUUAACGAUGCCACGUGGCAGAAUCAAGGGCUGGACGCCGCCGGGCGGAACAGGCUGCGGUGGGUGCAGCAGAAGUUCAUGGUGUACAACUACUGCACAGACUUGAAACGCUUCCCUAAGGGCCAGCUUCCUACAGAAUGCAAGCACUCUCGAUUCCUCUGAUUAAUUAUACUCAAAACUCAAUACCAACAAUUCAAUUCAAUUCAAUUCUAUUCUAUUUGUUUUUAAAUUGUAUCAUGCUUACAUACAUACUGCCCAAAAUUCUUUAUUUUUUCCUUGUAUAUCGUAAAAUAAAGUGUACUAUGAAAUUAUGAAACUAUAAAAUAAAAUUUUCCUUUUGUCUC